AUGCCCCUAUAUAGAAUAGAUAGAAGGUCUGCUAGAAUAAAAGCAGAGUUAGAAAGAUAUGGCUGGAGAGUUUCAAAGAAGUUUAAAUAUAGGAAGGGAAGACCCAUAAAAGUCUAUGACAAAUUGUCUGGUCUUCGCUACGAAAUGGACUUGGAAACAGCGCGCGCCAAUUAUCCAAACAGACUAGAGAGGUUAGAAGAAGAACGUCUUAUGAACUUGCCUUUCAAUGUUAGUGAACCUCAAGUUGAAGGACACGACGGCUUUGCCAGAUUCUACUGGAAACAUGACGAACAAUUGCAUCCUUUGAGAAGGAAAAAAGGAAAAGGUGAAGACAAACAUGCUCCCAUGGAAAGAACAAGAUAUGCAUAUGAAAAGUACCGUGAAGUUAGAAGUCAAAUUACAUCUGGUCGAACCUUUACAGUAAACUUUGACGAAGGAAAGAACAAAGAAGGCUUCAUGGGUGUACUUGCUGCCAUACAAGACGGAAAUAAGAAAGGAUACAAUCUCAGACUAACCGUAACAGAUUUAGAUGGUCAUAUUUACUAUGCA